UUAGGGGAAGGAGGGCGGAGGCGGAGGCCAGUUCCCCAGCUCCAGCCGCCGUCGCCGCCGCCAGUAUAGUGCAGCCGCUGCCGCCUCCCGCCAGCCCGCCGGGGGAGAGAACGUGCUUGAGCUCGGGCAUCCCCGCCCCAGUCUUUUCCGGAGCCAUGAACCCCAACUGUGCCCGGUGCGGCAAGAUCGUGUACCCCACGGAGAAGGUGAACUGUCUGGAUAAGUUCUGGCAUAAAGCAUGCUUCCAUUGCGAGACCUGCAAGAUGACACUGAACAUGAAGAACUACAAGGGCUAUGAGAAGAAGCCCUACUGCAACGCACACUACCCCAAGCAGUCCUUCACCAUGGUGGCUGACACUCCGGAAAACCUCCGCCUCAAGCAACAGAGCGAGCUCCAGAGUCAGGUGCGCUACAAGGAGGAGUUUGAGAAGAACAAGGGCAAAGGCUUCAGCGUGGUGGCAGACACACCCGAACUCCAGAGAAUCAAGAAGACCCAGGACCAGAUCAGCAACAUAAAGUACCAUGAGGAGUUUGAGAAGAGCCGCAUGGGCCCCAGUGGGGGUGAGGGCCUGGAGCCAGAGCGCAGGGACGCCCAGGACAGCAGCAGCUACCGGCGGCCUCAGGAGCAGCAGCAGCCGCCUCACCACGUCCCGACCAGCGCCCCUGUCUACCAGCAGCCCCAGCAGCAGCAGGCCACUCCAGCCUACGGUGGCUACAAGGAGCCUGCAGCCCCAGUCUCCAUACAGCGCAGCGCCCCAGGCGGGGGCGGGAAGCGGUACCGUGCGGUGUACGACUACAGCGCUGCCGACGAGGAUGAGGUCUCCUUCCAGGAUGGGGACACCAUCGUCAACGUGCAGCAGAUCGAUGACGGCUGGAUGUAUGGGACCGUGGAGCGCACUGGCGACACGGGGAUGCUGCCGGCCAACUACGUGGAGGCCAUCUGAGCCCCGCGGUGCCCUCCCCAACCAGUCUUCAGUGCAUUCCAUGACAUCGCAUCCGUCCCGGGGCGUGACCCAUCCACCCUUCAGUGUCUCUGUUUCUUAAGAUCUGCAACGGCUUGUUUAUUCCCAUCCCU